CUUAUUACAGGAAACUGGAUAACGAAAGUGGUCAUAAGAAAAGAAACACAUUACAAGUCUCGGCUUCAGCAUGUCUGCCGGGAGAAUCGGAAUCCUGGUAGCUCUGUCUUCCUUACAGCAGAUUCUAGGCUCUGUAGCUCUGGGGCAGCCCACCGUGCGACUGUCCCCCCCUCGCAACGUGACGCUGCUGUCGAAGGAUUUCAGCAUGGCUUUGACGUGGCUCCCCGGCGAGGGGUCCCCACCAGAUGUGCUGUAUACUGUGAGAUACCGAAAAUGGACUCAAGUAAAGCAGUGGAAAAAGGUCCAACACUGCAGAAACAUUUCCCAAACCACCUGCAAUCUGACUUGUGAGUCAGACCCAUACAACAAAUUCAGCGCCCGUGUCAAAGCCCUGUUGGCAGGGCGCCAGUCCCCCUGGGUGGAGUCGGGAUUCAUGGAAUAUCAGUUUGAUGUGGAACUGGCUCCCCCGGCACUAGAAGUGAGCGUGUCGGAAAGUACAAUCAAUGUGGGUGCCGCUUUCCCCCUGGCUUCCUGUGUGGAGAGCACCUUUAUCGAUCUGAAGUAUGACCUGGACUUCUGGGAAGCCGGAACUGAAGACAAGCAGAUUCAGUACUGCGACAACAUGAAGUGGGACAAGAUAACAAUCAACACUCGGGAGAUCAGCGGCAAUUACUGUCUGAGUGCCAGGGCUUCUUUCCAAGUAAUCAAACUAAAACACAGCGAGUUCUCCAAGCCGGUGUGCGUGCUGUUCAAGUCCAAAGCCGUGGACUGGAAGUUCCUAGUCACCAUUGCAGUCCCAUUGUUUGUCCUGCUUUUCCUUUGCGCUGCUGCUCCGUCCAUCCUAUGUAAACAAGCUGCCAAGAGAGUGAAGAGGCCUCAAGCUUUGGACUUCUCCCAUUUCAGGGCUCCUGGGACAAUCCUUGAGAAGGAGCCCAGCGAAAAGGAGUUCUUUGAGGAAGACCUCCUAGCCUGCAUGGAGAAGCCAGAAUUGGGAGGGAGAAGGAGUGGUCCUUCAGUGAGGAACAACGUAUCACUAAAUGCUUCUCUCCCCUCACUCUGGGAGGAAGAGGAGGAGGAUGACAGCAGCAGUUUCAGACCCUACACUGAAAUGCCUCGGUUCCUGAAGAGAGCUCCCAACUGCCAAGUAGCCAGCACGAGUCACCAAGGGACCCAAUCGGGUUCUGAACUGGGCGGUUCCCACCUUGAGGGAGGAUCUGUGUCUGACCUAGCAGGGUUAGGGUUCUCUCAGCCUGUUUGGAGAAGGGGCUCGGCCAAGGAGGACACCUCUGGGUUCCAAGACAGUGAGAAAUCCUUCUUUUCUGAGAGUUCCUCCUUGGGAGACUUCUCUCUCAUUGAAGCCCGAUAUCCAGCUACUAAUGGACAUGGGGAGCUUGUCUGCCAAGAAGACACCUUCCUUCAGAUGACUGUGUUGACAGAGGGGCUGAAUGGGAAGCCUCCUGCUUAUGAGCAAAGCCUGCAAAGGAGACAUCACCAUAACACCAACCAUCAGUGGCAUCCUUAUCCUGACCCAAUAGUGUGUGUCGCACUAGAAGUCAGCCAGGACUCCGACGGCUUCCCUCUUGAGGGGCAGCUUGUUUGCUUUCAGACUUUAAAGCUCGCAGAGGACGAGGGCAUCGCAAGCGACAGCGACAGCCUCACUGUGUGCUCGGAAGAAGACCCACCAUCCCUGGCCUCACUAGUAGGCGAGACUUUUGAAGCUGAGACACGGGGGAAAGGUGGCAGCUUGCAGCAAGAGAGCGAUCCAAUCUUUAAAUUCCAGGGAUAUCAGCAUGUGCGUUAUAUGCCAAGGAACUGACUGGGAUAGCGACCCUGUGGCUGGCCUGGAUCUAGGGAGCUCCAUCCAGGAGGAAAACAAGGACAAGUGUUUGUCAGACCCAAGAUUUAUGCUGCUUAUGCAUUACCACCCAUGCAUAGUGCUUUCUGCUACCGUUUGUCCUGCCUAGGGCUAGGUCUUCACUCACAGAAAGAGGUGGGUUCUUAUCAUGGGGUAUCUAAUGCACGUUAGCUAUCCCGCUGGAAAAACAAGGCACUGUAGUUUUACCAUGAGGUAAGCAAAGUGAGAUCGACCCCAGGAAGGGUUAUGGUGCUAGUCUUGCCUAGCUACCUCAUGGUAACACUACAAGUGCCUUGUCUCCACUUAGAAUUUUACACUGAGAUAAGGAUCUCGGGUUAGUUAUUGUUCAGGCUGCAUGACCUCUGUCAUGGAGGUCGGGGAAGUCAUGGAUUCAGUGACUUUCUGGGACUUCUGCAGUAGCCGGUGUGGCUGACCCGAGGGCCAUCCAAGCAGCUGGCCCCAGGAGCCUCAGCAAUGGCUGGCCAGGUGCAGUCAGCCCCCACUGCCAAGCAGAGGCAGCUGUCGACCUCCAAGGUUCCCCCAGUGCAAUGGUGCCACGGAGCUGCUAAGAUUUAGUCAGGGGUCUUUAUAGUAAAAGUCACGGACAUGCCAUGAGCAAUAAACAAAUAUUCAUGACCUGUGACCUGUCCAUGACUUUUACUAUAAAGACCCCUGACUAAAUCUUAGCCUUAGUUAUUGUACUGUAAAAGACGCACACCUUUCUGUCAGUGAAGACACAGCCAAGGGCUGUGUAAAACUGCCAGUAAAACGCUGGCAACAUGGCAUGUUCCAAUUGUGUGUGGAUUUCAACCCAGGCCAGCACACUUCCAUUUCCCAGCUGUCAUUGUGCAGUUGCUUCCCUUGCUGGGUGGGACAAUCUAGGGUGGACAUUUGCCUCCCACAUAGACAUUUGGACACAUCAGCUUUUUCUGGGUAAAGGGAGCUUUCCUGUCAGCCUGCAGAGCUCACCCUUCGUGUUUGAACAGAGAGAACAAAAAUCGAAGCCGGCAAUGGGAGAUGUUUCUUUUGGUUAUUUAUUUUGAUUUAUAUAAAAACACACCUGUCGGUGUUGAAAUUCACCCUGCUGAGCAGAGUGGUUCAAA